CGCGACAUCAAAAAUCCCUCCUUCUUUUUACAAGUUCGUUUUACAAGGCCUAUUUAGAUCUUCGGUGAAGAGUCGAACUGCCAUUCUUUAACGUAGUUGGGUUGUUGAUUUGAUUUUGCAUCUUUCUCUUGCGUCUAGUUCGAGCAUUCAUUCUUUCUACCGCAUAGGUGUAUACGUACAACUCGAUAUAAGAUAAAAGAACAUCAACGCCAAUGUGGUCCUUCGGAACUACGAUGACAAUGGCCAAAGACAACGAUCCUUCGCUAGCCUCUACCAGCAAAGCUCAACAGUCUCAACAGUCUCAACAAUCUCAGCUCCCUCAGCCUCCUCAGACUUCACCACAACUUCCCGAAGCUCUCCAGUCAACGACAGCCUCACCCCGACCUCGACCGCCAAUACUAUCACAACGCUCUUUGAAGCAAUUAGGUCUAUUCUUCGCCGGCGCUGGCUUUCUCGCUCUCUCCACUGCAAUUACGCGACGAGCGGUCGUAAGAAAGCGCUUGGCGACUAUCCCUAAAUUUUAUUAUCCAAGCAACCAACAAGUUAAUAAGAUGGAUUCCGAUAGCUCGUUGAUCGCCCUGGAGGCUCUGAAUCUUGCGACGCUCAAUGUCAUGGGGUUCGGUAUUAUGAUGACAGGUGGUCUAUCGUGGGCUUUUGACAUCUCGAGCGUCGAUGAUUUGAGGGCGAAGUCAAGGGCGCAUCUUGGUCCCUCGGGUGGUCAAACAGACGAGGAGGCUGAACGGGAAAUUGAAGAGUGGGCAGCAAAGGUAUUAGGGUGGAAAGAAUCAAAAGGAAAAGAUAACAAAUCGCCACCCGAGAAGGCCGACUAAAUCCCUGCUAAGUAAUUCAAGACUUGCAGAGGAAGGACCUGGCACUUAACCCGUACUCGGUGCUAUACAUCCUAUACAUCAAAGAGUUACGUGCCGACCGAGAUCUUAAUUCGGGCACGCCACAUAUACUAGCUUAUCCGUAUCCGCGAUACCAACAACUGCGCUCAGCGGAGCGCACUGUGCCUAGAGUCGGAUG